AUGGCGCAAGCCGCCAAGCAGCUCCGCAAGACCAAGGACCUCGCUGAGGCCGCCGCCCAGGAGCAGCGGGAGAAGGAGGAGGAGAAGAUCAAGAAGAGGAAUCGAUCCAGGGAUCGCAGACGCAAGGCUGAUGCAGCCACCAGCUUUCUUCGCGCAGCACGUUCAGGCAACCUUGACAAAGCUCUGGAUCACAUCAAGAAUGGAAUAGACAUCAACACAGCUAAUCAAAACGGUCUCAAUGGGUUACAUCUGGCUUCUAAAGAGGGUCACGUGAAAAUGGUCCUGGAACUCCUCCACUCGGGCAUUGAACUGGAAGCCACCACCAAGAAAGGCAACACUGCUCUUCAUAUCGCAGCGCUGGCUGGCCAGGAGAAGGUGGUGGCUGAGCUUGUCAAUUAUGGAGCCAACGUUAAUGCCCAGUCACAUAAAGGGUUCAGUCCUCUCUACAUGGCAGCACAGGAGAAUCACCUAGAGGUGGUUAAGUUUCUCCUUGAGAACGGCGCCAAUCAAAGUCUCCCCACAGAGGACGGCUUCACUCCUCUGGCAGUGGCCCUCCAGCAGGGCCAUGAAAACGUUGUAGCACUGCUUAUCAACUAUGGCACCAAAGGCAAGGUCCGCCUCCCAGCGCUGCACAUCGCCGCUCGAAAUGACGACACGCGUACUGCCGCUGUGCUCCUGCAAAAUGACCCAAAUCCUGAUGUCCUCAGCAAGACUGGUUUCACCCCUCUACAUAUUGCAGCCCACUAUGAGAAUAUGAGCGUCGCCCAGCUGUUAUUAAACAGAGGAGCCAAUGUAAACUUCACCCCAAAGAAUGGCAUCACACCACUUCAUAUCGCUUCUAGGAGAGGAAAUAUGAUGAUGGUCCGACUCCUGCUGGACAGAGGGGCCCAGAUAGAUGCCAAAACAAAGGAUGAAUUGACUCCGCUUCACUGUGCAGCCCGAAAUGGACACGUUCGCAUCAUUGAGAUCCUGCUGGAACACGGUGCUCCCAUCCAGGCUAAAACCAAGAAUGGUCUGUCCCCCAUCCACAUGGCAGCUCAGGGGGAUCACAUGGACUGUGUGCGACAGCUACUUCAAUACAGCGCCGAGAUAGAUGACAUCACACUGGACCAUUUAACCCCUCUUCAUGUAGCAGCCCACUGUGGUCAUCAUCGCAUGGCUAAAGUUCUUCUCGACAAGGGGGCUAAAGCCAAUGCUCGUGCACUGAAUGGCUUCACACCACUCCAUAUUGCAUGCAAGAAGAACCACAUGAGGUCAAUGGACUUGCUACUCAAACACUCUGCUUCAUUAGAAGCCGUCACUGAGUCUGGCCUCACUCCUCUCCAUGUAGCAGCUUUCAUGGGUCACCUGAAUAUAGUGAAGAACCUUCUCCAGAGAGGGGCUUCACCUAAUGCUUCCAAUGUGAAGGUGGAGACCCCCCUCCAUAUGGCCUCCAGAGCAGGACACUGUGAAGUUGCCCAGUUUCUGCUGCAGAACUCAGCACAAGUAGACGCCAAGGCCAAGGACGACCAAACCCCCCUUCACUGUGCUGCCCGUAUGGGACACAAGGAGCUGGUCAAGUUGCUGCUUGAGCACAAGGCCAACCCCGACUCGUCCACAACGGCAGGGCACACGCCUUUACAUAUUGCUGCGCGGGAAGGACACAUACAUACAAUUCGCAUCUUGUUAGAUGCUGGUGCACAGCAGACCAAAAUGACAAAGAAAGGUUUCACUCCCCUCCAUGUGGCGUCAAAAUAUGGAAAGGUGGAUGUAGCGGAGCUUCUUCUCGAGAGAGGUGCCAAUCCUAACGCCGCCGGCAAGAAUGGUCUGACACCACUUCAUGUGGCGGUUCACCACAACAACCUGGACGUUGUUAAACUCCUAGUCAGCAAAGGAGGAUCUGCACACAGCACUGCCAGAAAUGGAUACACCCCUCUACACAUAGCAGCCAAGCAGAACCAAAUGGAGGUAGCCAGUUGCCUGCUUCAGAAUGGGGCAUCGCCCAAUUCCGAGUCGCUCCAAGGCAUCACGCCCCUACACUUGGCCUCACAGGAGGGACGGCCCGACAUUGUGGCACUACUCAUCUCCAAACAAGCCAACGUAAAUCUCGGAAAUAAGAAUGGAUUGACUCCUCUACAUCUUGUGGCACAAGAGGGCCACGUAGGCAUUGCUGACACACUGGUCAAACAAGGAGCAUCUGUUUAUGCUGCUUCACGGAUGGGCUACACACCCCUUCACGUGGCCUGUCACUAUGGAAACAUCAAAAUGGUCAAAUUCCUCCUACAGCAGCAGGCACAUGUGAAUAGUAAAACAAGGAUGGGCUACACCCCUUUGCACCAAGCAGCUCAGCAGGGUCACACUGAUAUUGUCACCCUGCUGUUGAAACACGGAGCUCAGCCCAAUGAGAUUACUUCGAAUGGCACAUCUCCUCUGGGCAUCGCAAAGCGUCUGGGUUACAUCUCUGUCAUCGAUGUGCUUAAACUGGUGACUGAGGAAUCAGUAUCUGCGAUUACAACAGAAAAGCAUCGAAUGAGUUUUCCUGAGACGGUGGAUGAGAUUUUGGAUGUCUCGGAGGAUGAAGGGGUCGCCCAGCUAACGUUAGGUGACGAGUUGCUUGGAAUUGACGGUGCACGAUAUUUGAAACUUGAUGACUUCAAGGAUCAAGAUGAUGACUUCCUCUCCCCAAAGAAGACGCUUAGGGAUUUUGAAGGUGGUGUGGGGACCACGCCCUAUUCUCCCGCCAUUCCCAGGAUUCCUUGUGUGUCACCAGAAACUGUUCUUCUAGAUCAGCACACCCCCAUUCCACUGCCAAAGGAGUAUGAUGAAGACUCUCUCAUCCCAAGCAGCCCAGCGACAGAAACGUCAGAUAACGUCAGCCCUGUGGCCAGUCCAAUUCACACUGGCUUCCUGGUGAGCUUCAUGGUAGACGCCCGAGGAGGCUCUAUGCGAGGCAGCAGACACCACGGCCUACGCGUGAUCAUACCGCCUCGGACCUGCGCUGCGCCGACACGCAUCACCUGCCGCUUGGUCAAACCCCAAAAACUGACCACGCCCCCUCCUCUGGUGGAGGGCGAGGGGCUCGCCAGCCGAAUUAUCUCCCUGGGUCCAUCCAGCAUGCAGUUCCUUGGGCCUGUUAUAGUGGAGAUCCCACACUUCGCAUCACUGGCUCGGGGAGACCGUGAGCUUGUGAUCCUCCGUAGUGAGAACGGCUCAGUCUGGAAAGAACACCGAAAUCGCUAUGGUGACGAAGUGCUGGAAACCAUUCUUAAUGGCAUGGAUGAAGACCUGGAAAGUCAAGAGGAGUUGGAAAAGAAGAGAAUUCGUCGGAUCAUUUCCACCGACUUUCCCCUGUACUUCGCCGUGGUCUCCCGCAUUCAGCAGGAGAGCGAUCUAAUUGGUCCAGAGGGCGGGCGACUGACCAGUAAGCUGGUACCCCAUGUUGAGGCCAUUUUUCCUGAGACCGCUGUAACUAAAAGAGUGAGAUUAGGACUGCAGGCACAGCCCAUCCCCGAUGAGCUGCUGACACGACAACUUGGCAACCAGGCGACCUUCAGCCCGGUGGUCACCAUCGAACCACGCAGACGCAAGUUUCACCGUCCGAUCGGACUGCGCAUUCCACUUCCUCCAUCCUGGCGGGAGAGCCCCCGUGAUGCCGGGGAGGGUGACACCACCAGCUUGCGCCUCCUCUGCAGUGUCAUUGGUGGGACAGCACCUGCUCAGUGGGAGGACAUCACUGGAACAACCAAGCUGAUGUAUGCAAACAGCUGUGCCAACUUUACAACCAAUGUGUCUGCAAGAUUUUGGCUAGCAGAUUGUCCCCGCACAGCAGAAGCUGUGACCUUUGCCAACCUUUUGUACCGGGAACUGAUGGCCGUGCCUUAUAUGGCUAAGUUUGUCAUCUUUGCAAAAAUGAACGAGUCGCGAGAAGGCCGCUUGCGUUGUUACUGCAUGACUGAUGACAAGAUGGACAAGACGCUGGAGUUGCACGAAAAUUUCACCGAAGUGGCGCGAAGCCGAGACAUCGAGCUGAUGGAAGGUAUGCCACUGCAUCUGGAAUGUUCUGGAAACCUUGUGCCAAUAAGGAAAGCCACGCAACAGCCUCGUACCUUCAGCUUUCAAGCCUUCAGAGAUAAUCGGCUGCCUGUUUCCGUCAAGGUCAGAGAUAGUAACAAGGAUGCCACUGGCUUCUUGUCCUUCCUGAGGAAGUGCACCAAGUAUGAGGAUGCACAACAUGUCCUAUGCAACCUCAACAUAGCAAUGCCACCGUGUAUAAAGGUCGUUGGAAGUGAAGAACGCAGGAGAACUUUAACUCCUCUCGCCCUGAGAGAGCGCUACAGUGCUCUAAAUGAGCCUGGUUUGGCCACAGUAAAUGCAAUGGAGAGGACUGAAGUCAAGAUCAACAUGAUAUCAGAGCAACUGGGUUUAAGCUGGGCAGAGUUAGCGAGAGAGCUUCAGUUUGGUGUGGAUGACAUCAAUAGGAUCCGCGUGGAGAAUCCCAACUCCCUUCUGGACCAGAGUGCUGCCUUGCUCAACCUGUGGGCGGGCAGAGAGGGCAAGAGGGCAAAGAUGGAAAGCUUGUACACUGCUUUAAAGAACAUCGACCGUGCAGACAUCGUGAGUUCCCUGGAAGGUCAAGUCACACACCUGGCUCCCGGCUCUUCAGAGGAGGGCGCGUGCCGACUGGGUGAUCGCGACUCUACCUUGCUAUCCCCCAGUGUCAUCAAUGGUUAUGGGCUGGUUCAGGAGGACCUGCUGUCACCGGCCUCCAUGCAAUACAGUUUGCCUUCUCCUCUUGGUGCAGAGCCCUACUGGCAGGAAGUGUCCAGUCUGGAGUGUGCCCCCAUCGCCGCCACAGAGGAAGACACCUUGAUGGAGAUGUCGGACGUCCAGGUUUGGCCGGCAGGGGUCAGCCCCUCGCUGGUUACGGUGGAAGACUCGUCUUUGGAUGGGAGCAGUCGAGCGGACGACUCGGAAGGCGCCACGCUCUCCCUUCCCUGCAGUUUGGGCCGCCCCAGCAGCGGGGCUAGCGGGGCGAGCGGAUCGAUCAUGGAGCUGGAGGAGGAAGAGGAGGAGGAGGAUGGGGAGGUUGAGGAGGAGGAGGCGCCACUGGAGCCAGUGACCUUGCUGGCCGAAAGGGACCGGGUCAGAGCCAGUGGCGCCGUUCCCAAGGUCAACUUGAACGGCCAACUGGGAGGUCAGAGGUCGGACAGGGGGAGAGGGGAGGCUCCUACGGCGGGAGGCGGAGCCAAAAGAGGUGGGGCGGGGCACGGUUCAGUGGAACACGUUUGUGUUGUUGCAGGCCAGCAGAUGUACGGACACCCUGAGAUGUCCUCCUUGGGUCGACCAGGCGAGCACAAUGGAGACAACCGGUUGGUUGGAGGCGGAGCUUUUCAACCCUACCUACCUGAGAAGGAUUCCCUGCAGGGCUGGGUGGCCUCAGUAUCAUCAGGACCAGACAACAGCACGCCGGGCGUGCUCGCUACCCAGGAAACUCUGCUGACUCCGAGAGAGGAUAAAGAAGACUAUGCUGCUGAUGAACACGGACGCGUGCUUAAUCGAAAAGUGGGGGCGGAUGCGAGGAGGGCCGCUCAGUCGGUGCAGCGCACCAGUCUUCGGAGGGUUAAACACUGA